CCACCUGUUACUGACUUUACCGAUGUAUCAUUGGCAAAGUCAAAAUGUUAAGAUUUCUGGAGUGGAUGAUAUGGUUUUGCUCCCGAAAAUUACCGAAGAUGCUAUUACUGAAAAUCUUCAAAAAAGAUAUAUGGAUGAUUACAUAUUUACAAGUAUUGGUCCUGUAUUAGUAUCAGUUAAUCCUUUUAAACAAAUGCCAUAUUUUGGUGAAAAAGAGAUAGAAAUUUAUCAAGGAGCAGUACCAUAUGAAAAUCCACCUCAUAUUUAUGGAUUAACAGACAAUAUGUAUAGAAAUAUGUUAAUUGAUAAGGAAAGUCAAUGUGUUAUUAUUAGUGGAGAAUCUGGUGCCGGUAAAACAGUUUCAGUAAAAUAUAUUAUGUCAUAUAUUGCUAAGAUCAGUGGUGGUGGUACAAAAAUGCAAAAAGUAAAAAAUGUUAUUUUGGAAUCUAAUCCUCUUUUAGAAGCUUUUGGCAAUGCAAAGACUAUACGGAACAAUAACAGUAGCAGAUUUGGAAAAUAUGUAGAAAUGCAAUUUGGUCCUGGUGGCCAACUCAAUGGAGGAAAAAUUUCAAACUUCUUAUUAGAAAAAUCGAGAGUCACUUGUCAUAAUUUGGAUGAAAGAAAUUUUCAUGUGUUUUAUCAACUUGCAAUAGGGGCAAAUCAACAAAUGAAAUCUGAAUUUGGAUUAACGAAUAUUAAUUAUUACCAAUAUCUCAAUUAUGGUCAAGGUCACAAAAUUGAUGACAUAAACGAUGCCAGUGCCUUCCAAGAAACAUUAAAAGGACUCGAUGUAAUGGGAAUUAGCAAUUCCGAAAUAACUGACAUUUUUAGGCUUGUUGCUGGAGUACUUCACAUAGGAAAUAUUAAAUUUGUUGAGGAUGGAAAUUAUUCACAAGUAGCUAAUGAACAAUGUAAGUAUUAAAAAUAAAAAAAGUUAUAAUUCAUUAUGAUA